AUGUUUCUUCAGUUACUGUUGUCAAGUGGUUUAUUUAUGAGCGAACUCGCGAUCGGCACUUCAUUCAAUUCCACACAAGCGCCAACUGGCUUCCCUCCUUGCGAUGCGCUCAUCCAAGCCGGGCUGGGAAAGAGUAUUCUCCUUCCUACAGAGCCCAGCUACGCCGAUCGGGUUGACAGUUAUUGGUCCCUGAACAGCCGCCAACAUCCAUUCUGCAUCGUGCAGCCGCGUAAUGCGAAAGAAGUCGCAACAUCGAUGACGGCUCUUCUUGGUGCAGACAAAGCGGGUGACUGGCAUAUCGCUAUUCGCUCAGGCGGACACAGCUCUGGAGGAGCAAACAACAUCGACAACGGUGUGACCAUCGAUCUCAUGCAUCUCGACCAAGCUACAUACGACAAGGAGACAAACCUCGCGAGUGUCGGCCCUGGAGCCAAGUGGAUGGAUGUCUACGCUAAACUUGCCAAGCAUGAUGUCCUAGUCACUGGAGGUCGUGAUGGCGACGUUGGAGUCGGAGGGUUCCUGCUGGGCGGCGGAUCCACGUUUUUCAUGGGCACUGAAGGCUUUGGCUGCGAUGCCGUCAAAAAUUACGAGAUUGUUCUCACCAAUGGCACUAUUGUCAACGCCAAUGACAAAGAAAAUUCUGACCUUUGGCUGGCUCUCAAGGGAGGUGGCAGUAAUUUCGGCAUUGUGACUCGUUACGAUAUGGAGGCUUUACCGAACACAAAACUCUCCUAUAAGCUCCGAUCCAUCAAUAUAACUCAUGCCCUUCAAAUUGCAAGUGACUUUGUUGACUUCACCGACAACUAUGAAAAGUUCACCAGUGACGCUUUGGUUCUUUAUCUCACGCACAAUGCAACGAUUAUCAAAGAGAGCAUGGUGGGAACCAUUCAAGUCAACACUCAGGGCAAGAUUAAUAGCACGGGUUUUGCGAAACUGGACAAAAUCCCCGAUAUAAAACCGGCACCAUAUGAACACGUUACUCUUGCGGAAGCCGCAGCGGGAUCUCAAGUUGCAGGUGGUGUUUGGAUGUGUGAAGCUACACUCACAUUUUCCAAUACCAAAGGCCUUAUGAAGAAAGCCAUAAGUAUGCACGAGCAAUACGUGAAGGAAUUGAAGAAAGCAAUCGGGGAAGAGAAUUUUACAACCAUGUUUUUCUUCCAGCCUAUGCCCACUAUGUUCGGAUAUAUCUCAAAAAAGAGAGGUGGGAACAUGAUAGGGUUCGAUCUCGAAGAGAAAAACUCCGUUCUUUGGACCGCCGGUGUGGAAAUCAAGACAAACCAACAAGACCGCAUUUACGCCCAAAGCCUAAUGAACAACAUGGCCGCCGAUCUCAAAAGUUAUUCGAAAUCGGUUGGUGGGGCCACUGAUUUAGUCUAUCUGAACUAUGCCGAUACAACUCAAGAUCCCCUUGGAAGCUACGGCGCUAACAAUGUGAAUUAUCUAAAGAGGGUGGCUGAGCGCUAUGACCCCGAAGAACUAUUCCAGACUCGGUUCCCACUGGGUUUCAAGAUCUCCAGUGUGGACUCUUGA